AUGAACACCGCGCCGGCGUCGGCGUCAGCAUCUGCUACCGGACUCCCAUCAGUUCUUCCUAGUGCUCCUGUUGAAUAUCCUUGUCUCCCCAUAUCAUCCUACAAUUGCUCCAACUUAACUUGUGAUGAGCAAGAUAAUGACACGAAUAAGCUCAAACCUCCCACCUAUAAGUGGCGCUUGGUUAUAGCCUACGACGGGACCCGGUUUUCAGGAUGGCAAUAUCAACAGUCAACUCCAACUGUGCAAUGUAUUGUUGGAGAAGCCUUAACUCGAAUAACAAAAUUAGAACGGAAAGAUCUUCUUUUAGUUGGUGCUAGUAGAACGGACGCAGGAGUUCAUGCCUGGGGUCAGGUAGCACAUUUCAUCACGCCUUUCAACUAUGACAGCCUGGAAGGCGUUCACAAAGCUUUAAAUGGUCUUCUUCCUUCUGAUAUCAGAGUUAGAGAAAUCAGCUCUGUGGUGCCUGAAUUUCAUGCCCGUUUUUCCGUCAAAAGCAAGAUUUAUCAUUACAAGAUUUACAAUGAUACCAUCAUGGACCCGUUUCACCAGCGGUAUGCUUACCAUAGUAUCUAUAAACUCAACGUUGCAGCCAUGAGGGAAGCUGCUAGGCAUUUUGUGGGAAAGCACGACUUCUCUGCUUUUGCCAAUACAUCACGCAAUGAUCGGGUUCCAAACCCAGUGAAGAAAAUCUUUCACUUUAAUGUAAACGAAAUGGGACCUCUUGUGCAACUUGAAGUGGAAGGAUCUGGUUUUCUAUAUAGACAAGUUAGAAACAUGGUUGCUUUAUUGCUUCAAGUUGGGAGAGAAGCAGUUCCCCCCGAUAUAGUCCCCAGAAUUUUGGGAUCUAGAGAUCGUAAGGAACUUGCCGAGUACGCCUUGUCAGUUCCACCACAUGGUCUGUGCCUUUUGGUUGUCAAGUAUAAUGAGGAGCAUCUCGGGCUUCCACCAGGUGGUCCUGCAACUAGUUUUGGUCGGCAUCACAGCAUAAGCAAAUGCAAGUUGCCAUGUUUCUAA